UCAACCUGCCCCCGGCCUUAGGGAGCCGAGUAGCUGGAGCUGGAGGGGAGAGUCGCACUAGCCCACUGACUGCCUGCGGGACGGAAGAGCGGAGGGCUGAGCUUGCAUUAGUCGGGCAAAGAAGAGAGCUCCUUGCAUGAAAGCUUUGUUUGGAGGGAUAUUAAGGAACAAAUCAAGAACUGAAAAUGCCGAAACCAAUUAAUGUUCGUGUUACUACCAUGGAUGCUGAGUUGGAGUUUGCCAUCCAGCCCAACACUACUGGAAAGCAACUCUUUGACCAGGUGGUUAAGACCAUUGGCCUUCGAGAAGUGUGGUACUUUGGCCUCCAGUAUGUGGAUAAUAAAGGAUUUCCAACCUGGUUGAAGCUUGAUAAAAAGGUUUCUGCUCAGGAAGUCAAAAAGGAGAGCCCCCUUCAGUUCAAAUUCCGAGCCAAAUUCUACCCAGAGGAUGUACCUGAGGAACUGAUCCAGGACAUAACCCAGAAGCUGUUCUUCCUACAAGUGAAAGAUGGAAUCCUCAGUGAUGAAAUCUACUGCCCUCCUGAAACUGCAGUGCUCCUUGGGUCCUACGCUGUUCAAGCCAAAUUUGGCGAUUAUAAUAAAGAAGUGCACAAAGCUGGGUACCUCAGCUCUGAACGUUUGAUCCCUCAGAGAGUAAUGGACCAGCACAAGCUCUCCAGAGAACAGUGGGAAGAUCGGAUCCAGGUGUGGCAUGCAGAACACCGUGGGAUGCUGAAAGAUAAUGCUAUGCUGGAGUAUUUGAAGAUUGCUCAGGAUUUGGAGAUGUAUGGGAUCAAUUAUUUUGAGAUAAAAAACAAAAAAGGAACAGACCUUUGGCUCGGAGUGGAUGCCCUUGGGCUGAAUAUUUACGAGAAAGAUGAUAAAUUGACCCCAAAGAUUGGCUUCCCUUGGAGCGAAAUCAGAAACAUCUCUUUCAAUGACAAAAAAUUUGUCAUUAAACCCAUUGACAAGAAGGCACCUGACUUUGUGUUUUAUGCACCUCGGCUUCGGAUUAAUAAGCGUAUCCUUCAGCUUUGCAUGGGGAACCAUGAGCUGUACAUGCGCCGUAGGAAGCCAGAUACCAUUGAGGUACAGCAGAUGAAAGCCCAAGCACGGGAAGAGAAGCACCAGAAACAACUGGAGAGGCAGCAGUUGGAAACUGAAAAGAAGAGAAGAGAGACUGUUGAACGAGAGAAGGAGCAGAUGUUGCGAGAGAAAGAGGAACUGAUGCAAAGGCUUCAUGAUUAUGAACAAAAGACAAAGAAAGCAGAAAAGGAGCUCUCCGAUCAGAUCCAGAAAGCCAUUCAGCUGGAAGAAGAGCGGAAGCGAGCCCAGGAAGAGGCUGAGCGCCUGGAGGCCGACCGAGUGGCUGCUCUUCGAGCCAAAGAAGAACUGGAAAGACAAGCUGUGGAUCAGAUAAAGAGCCAGGAGCAGCUGGCUGCUGAACUUGCUGAAUACACCGCCAAGAUUGCUCUUCUGGAAGAGGCAAGGAGGCGUAAGGAGGAUGAGGUGGAAGAAUGGCAGCUCAGGGCCAGAGAAGCCCAAGAUGAUCUUGUUAAGACCAAGGAAGAGCUUCACCAGGUGAUGACUGCCCCACCACCGCCACCACCCCCUGUGUACGAGCCUGUGAAUUACCACGUGCAUGAGAACUUGCAGGAUGAAGGCACCGAGUACAGCGGCUACAGCGCCGAGUUCUCCAGUGAGGGCAUCAUGGACGACCGCAACGAAGAGAAACGCAUCACGGAGGCCGAGAAGAACGAGCGUGUGCAGAGACAGCUGCAGACAUUGACAAAUGAGCUGUCCCAAGCCAGAGAUGAGAAUAAGAGAACCCACAACGACAUCAUCCACAACGAGAAUAUGAGGCAAGGACGCGACAAGUACAAGACUCUGAGGCAGAUUCGACAGGGGAAUACAAAGCAGAGAAUCGAUGAGUUCGAAGCUAUGUAAAAACGCACUGUACAGCUAAGAGGCAGGACUGUGGGAAAAAGCAGAUCCGAACUUUUCUGAGGGGAGUCCAUUGUAUGACAAGUAUAAUGUGUAUUUUUUUGGUAUACUAUAAAUCUAGAAACUCCCAUAUUCCAGCUUCUCUGAUGGAGAGAAAAUAAUUAUUCAGCAUUAUUAUUCUGGGGGCUGGGAGGUGGGGAGAUUGGAGGGACACCUAGAGCAUUUCCCCCUUGUAUAUUAGUGCCAAAAAGGCCUGCAGCAGGAUUGAUUUGAGUAAGAUUGAGCAUCUCUAAAGCCUGAUAAAGAGAUAGACAGCAUUUCAUAUUGGUAUGUGUGAUGCAUCAAGAUUGAGUGUAAUUAAAGAAAAUCACAUUGUGGCCAGACAGUGCCAUACUUUGAUUCUCCCUUCUUCCCUCUCCUUUUCUUCUUCCCUUUCUUCCUCCCUCUCUCUGUCUCCCUGUGUCUCUCUCUCUCUGCAUAUUCAAAGAAAUUAGCCUAAGAAGUGCCUGAUUCACUUUCCAUUCUAUGCAAAAUUGAUCCAUGUUUCUAAAGUGCUCAUUUUGAAAGAUUGGUCUUUAAAAAAAAAAAAUCUCCCUUCUCCCUCCUUCCCCAAGAUGGUCUAUUUCCCCCUUCAGGUAAUUCGGUUUAGUUGGAAAAAACAUUCCUGCAGUGAUCCCUCAGAAGGAACAAUAUAGGAACACACUCUGAUACCUUAUUUUGCAUGAACGUUAGGUAUACUUUUAAUUUCUAUACACCUAAUGUGUUAUACUCUGGCUUAAUUAAUGAUCAGUUAUAGAGAAUAGUAUUUAUAUAUAAAUGAUAAUGAAUAUGGGUUGUAACCUUAGUUUAAAAAAGGGAAAGUUUUGUUCUGUAUAUUUUGUUACCUUUUACAGAAUAAUAAAGGAAUUAAAUAUGAAAAACAAAACCACUUAGACAAGGUACUUAAUCUGAUGUACUGUGAUGACAGGAGACUGAUUACUCGAUGUAAUCACAUUUGUAAAAUGAUUUUUUUUUAUUUGUGUCUUACACGUGAUUCAGUAUACAUACACGUGUGUGUGUGUGUACAUACACACACACAUACACAAACAGCUCACCUUUUUCCUAAAAGAGCUUCUAAUUUUUUAAAAGAAAAUGUUGAUUAAUAACAAUUCAGACUCCAUCCAUGAAGGGACUGUUUAAUUCUGUGAGUCAUCUCUGUAUUCUGACCAGGAAAACUUUGGUAUGACCUCCUUCCCCUUCCCUGUCUCAUCUUUGGAAAACCAUUAGCAUACUAGCCGUGGUGUGCUCUCAGCCCUGCUUCCUCAUCAACUCCCUCCUCUUUGUCUUUUUUAAGUUAAAACACCGUAUGCCGACAUCUUCUGCACCGCAUACACACAAAAUAAAAUAUCUUCAAGAUGA